AUUCCCAUCAUGAACAAGAAAGCAGGCCAUUCUGAUAACUCAGCUAGAGAUUGGCUGGAUCCUUUAAAAUCUGGAUGUGAAAGUGAGAAAACCAGGAACGAAAACGUCGUAGAACAUGAUAUGGAACCUCCGGCAGAUGGUAUGUUACUGGCCAAAUUUAUACUAGAGACGAGUUGUCUGUCUAGACAGAUUAUCCGUCAGACGGAUAAUUUGUCUAAGUAUAAAUCUGAAGACGAAUUUUGACGAAUAAUUUGUCUAGAUAUUUAUUUAUUUAUCCCAGGAAACAUUGUAAAAAUAUAGAAACCACUCCCUCUCAUGUGGAAACUUCGUCAAAAAACCCUCUACGUUCUGUCUAGAUAUAAAUUUAGAGACGGAUAAUCCGUCUGAGACGAAUUAUCUGUCUGUUAGCACAUCUUGAAGUUGUGCUAACAGACGAAUCAGCCUCAGACGAAUUUUGCUCCAUAAUUCAUCCUAGCAGUGAAUUUGUACUAGAGACGAAUUAUCCACCUGAGACGGAUAAUUCAUCCGUACUAUAAAUUCGGCCACUGAGAGUAAUAAGGCCUAAUGCCCAAGAGUGACCAACAUCAAUUUUCUCCUAACAAUUUUUAUUUUAAUACUUACUCAAGAGAAAAGGUUAUGAAUGCUUUGAUCUUUUAACAAAUUCUCUCAACUUAUUCAAUGAGAAAUGUAUGGAGAUCAGUCUGGAGAAUUUGUAUGUGGAUAUUGGAGCUUAAAGGGCUGAAAGUAGCUUUACAGAUUUGGCGUUAAGUGAGUCUACAGCUGCAGUGAUUUUGUUACCAGUGUCUUGCGUCCCUCACGCAUAAAAUCCCCAAAGAUGCACAAAAGUUCAUGGCAUGCAUCCUGUAAAAGGGUGGGAAGUGGGAGAAAUAGUGAAAAAUUAUGCAACAAUGCUUGAUAUUUUGCAAUCCAAAUAGGGCUAAAAUUAAGGGGCGGGAGCUGGGAAUGCAAAGUGCAAACUGGGACAAUGCAAAUGCAUUAAGAAAAAUGCAAUGCAAAAAAUGUUAAUUCACUAUUCUUGGAUUGAAGAUGUUGAGAGAAAAAGAUUAAUAACAGUACUAUUAACAUUUUGUGAAAUGUUCUUUCCUGAUAGAUAUUUUCCAGCCUCCAGUACAAGCAAAGAAAAAGAAAAGGAAGAAAAAACGAGCCAGUGAUAGUGUCUGUGAAAGUUUUUAUGGUAUGCAAUCAAAAUUUAGUUGAUUUGAGAGUCAUUGGCUAUAAGUUGCAACAAAGGAGUUUGACCUAAACACAUGUACACUAAUAAUUUAUGGAAAGCAAGGAGAUAUUAUCUCCUCUUUUCCUUCCUUCCCACCUCACUCAUGCCAUCUUCCAUGCGCUUCCCUUGUUUAUGGUAAAUGAAAAGACAAAAGUAGAUGACUGGGGACAAAUCAGUGAUAUUUAAGCCACUGCCAAGCGACAAAGAACAUGUCUCCAUCAUUAUCUUUUCAGACAUAUACAAGGUACUGGAUGAUGUUUUAGGGCAAGGUGCUCACACAAUAGUGAAGAGUUGCGUGAAGCUUGUCACAAAUCAGGAAUAUGCUGUUAAGGUUGGCAAUUAUUUCUUAUGAUUAUUGCCAGAGAGAGGUACUGCCAUUUUAUGGGUUAUAUUGGUAUGUGCCACCAUGGAGGUUAUGGUUUUCAAGCAGUUUGGUCUAGGAUAGGGUAUAGAAAUCAGAGAGUUUAGGCCUAGAAUAGGGUACCAUUUUCCAGGAAACUACUCUGAUCUAAUCUAAGUUUGUGUUGUACCUCUCCCAGGAUUAUUGUAAUGAUUUGUUAAUAAUAUUAUUGAGUUAUUUUAUUAUUUUAUAUCUGUGGCUCUUAGUGAAGAACUCAGAUGAUACAUUACAUCAAACUUGUAUUUUAAUCGAUAUAAGAUGCAUUUUUAUUUUGGCAAUGCCUUCUAAGCUUGGCUGGGAUUUCUCUAAAAUCAGCGUUUCUGCUCUUGCAUCAACAGAUCAUUGACAAGAGUGCAAAGGUGGACAGAAAACGAGUCCUUAAUGAAAUAGAGCUCCUCUAUCAAUGCCGAGGACACAAGUGAGAUUAUUUAAUAACAUCAUUUUUUUCUAAUAUUCUCUAGGUUUUUCAACUAUGUCUUAGUUAAUCACAAUAAAGAAAAUGUUUUUUUUUUUUCAGAAACAUUAUAGACUGCAUUGAAUAUUUUGAAGACAGCCACAAGUGAGUAAUAUUUCUUUCCGAUGAAAAUAAGAAGUCAUUUAAUGAUCAGGGUGUAAAGAAAGUUAGUUUUAUGGCCUGCCAUUCGGGCAAGCUGUAGCUAGCAUGUACUAGCCCUUGAGUCAUUUCAUCUAGCCCUAAAACACCCUUUUUGAUUUGCAGGAUUGAUUACAAUCCUUCUGCAAUUUGAUUUUCCCCUAAAAACGGCACUUGCCUAUCGGGCAAAUUAACAACAAAAAUCAUUAGCCCGAUAGCAAAAUCCACUAGCCCCGGGCUAUCAGACAUUACUUUCUUUGCACGAUUAUUGUCUUAUUGCUCCCCAAACAGUGCUCCAUCAAUUUAUUAAAUUUGCGAAUAUUUUUCUUUCAGGUUUUAUUUGGUUUUUGAAAAGAUGAGAGGAGGUAAUGUUGAAAGGGAGUUGUCACUUUCUGUAAUACUGCAUUUAGUUCCUGUGGGACAGAAUACUUUUUUCUCUGGGAUACAUAAUUUUGUUUGCCACAAAGGUUAGCACAUUAUCCAACCUCCACUAAUGCCCACCUCUCUGCAAUGGCCACUUUUUUGGCAGACAGUCCAUACAUUAACGAGGGCCUGUCAGGGUAAAAUUCGACAAGUGAAAUGCCCUUGAAACAGCGACAUUUGACAGAUGAAAUGGGAACAAACGACACAAAGAUGGGUUGAAACUGCGACAGUGAUAGAGACAGAGACAAUUGCAAAAACAAAUAGUGAAAUGCCGACAGUGACAUGGCCUUCUCCUCAAAAGGCAAAACAAGCAGUUUUUAAAUUUAGACUAGCGACAUACAUACUCCCCUUAAGAGGGUCUCUUUAACUCUUAAUUAAACUUCUCUCCUCUGUCCCCAAGUUGGCCCUUGUGGAGAGGUACUGUAAAUAAUAGCAUCUCGAUGCCUCUUUUUCAUCUUCGUAUUUUCAGGACCUCUUCUUAAAUAUAUUGAGAAGAAAAGAGUAUUCACAGAGAAAGAAGCAAGUUUAGUUGUAAAAGAUAUAGUCUCUGCCUUGGAUUUUCUUCAUAAAAAAGGUACUUACACUGUGAGUUCACUUGAUGUUCUGCAUUAGCAAGUUUUACUAAGGAACGUUAUUUAGCCAGGGUAGCUCAUUGAGCAAAGUGGCCAGUAUCCAUGGGGGCCCCAAGUCACAAAGCACAUUCAAAGCAUAUUCACAGUCACAAAGCACAUUCAAUUCAUGACACCUUUGCAGAGAUGUAUAAUGUAGCUAAGGAAAAGCUAAGCGAGCUUUCUCAUUUGUCAAACUGGCUUUUUUUACUCAGUUGCACCUUCAAAAUUACUACGUCUUUGUUUGCCAGAGCAAUUUAGCCGAUGGUAAGCUCUUUUUUAGCGUCAUCCCUGCUUUGUAAGGGAAAUUUACACGCUGGUCAAACUUGGCCUUAGCUACUGUGGAGGCAUGACAUCUGAUGUUAUUUACGGGUGAUGAUGUAAAAAAAACUCCAGAGUCCGCGAUAAUUUGAAUCACAAAAUAGUGUGACUCCUUAUGAUUACAGACCGAAUUGGACUCCACUCAGUCCCAUUAUUAUUAAUAAUAUGCACUUGGAAUUUUUUGUUGUUGGCAGUGAUGAAAAAAGGUUGAGUUGUACACCUUGAGUAAACUAGCAAUAUACAUUUAAAUCAAGGAAUCAAUAGUUUGUGACUAAUUGCUUCUGAAUCCAAAGUAACUGUUACUCUUUUGAUGACUUGUAUUUAAUGGUGUUUUUUUAUUGUUCCCUUUUAGGCAUAGCUCAUAGAGAUUUGAAACCAGAGAACAUACUGUGUGCUUGUGAAAACCAGGUAGAGAGGGGUAGUCAUACAACAUUCUCUCAUGUUUUUCUGUAAAUGACACUAGCAUUAAGAAAAAAUUCAAACUUUUGGGUGGCAAGUGAAAGUCAAACUGCAUUCUGCAAAGUGUGAGCUAUGCACGUCCUUAAUUAAGCAUGCAUGUACAAAGUUGUUCAUGCUUCUGGUAUUUUGAUUAGUUGACUUGUUUAUGCCCCUGAGAGCAACCUCUAUCUCAAGCUGUUUACAAACUUACAAUGAGAAAUACAAGAGGUGUGAACAACUUCGUACAUGCUAAAAUGACUGAAAAACGGCAGGGACCAACACCAGGUGUCCAUUUUAGAGAGGUGUCUGUCUUAUAGAGGUGUCCAUUAAGAGAGAGUUCACUGUAUGUCUGUUGACUGAAACAUAGCCUUUGUACAGCCGCUAAUACUUAAUGCUUCCUUUGGUUUGUCAAGUACCAAUAAACCUUGGUGUCACACUGCCCUUUAAUAAGUUAGUUUCCUGUCUGUUUGAAAAAUUAUUAUGUUCUUGUUGUUUCAAUAACCUAUGGAUUUAUUUUGGACACCCCUGAAUCAGUAUAACCCCUCUUUUUACUGUAGCUGUGGUUGUGUUUCAGAUAACACCAGUCAAGAUCUGUGAUUUUGACUUGGCGAGUGGACUUGAUGGUCUGAGUGCUGCAGUAACAACACCAGAGUUACAGACUCCGGUAAUUAUCCAUUUUGCAGAAAUUAAAGCAUGGUUUCAAUCUAUAAACAUGGUUUUGACCAUCCUAUUUUCUUUGUGACACUUUUUAAAACUAUUGUUAUAACACGACACUUAGACUCCCUUCCUUCAUUAUGGGAUAUGUAAGAAUAUAGCAUGAGUCGACGCCUGUGCGUCCAACACCCAUUAACCCGUUAAGUCCCAAUACUGACCAACAUCUAUUUUCUCUUAAUGAUAUCCAUACAUUGUCAAGAGAUUAGGUUAUGAGAAUAAAUAAAAUGAUCACCAAAGAGAAAAUGCUUUGAUCUUUUAUCAAAUUCUCUCAACUCAUUCUUUAUGGAAAUGUAUAGAGAUCAGUGUGGAGAAUUUGUAUGUGGAUAUUGGGGUUAAGGGGUUGAUAGAGUGUGCAGGAAAUUUCACAGCAGACAUUUCAUCCUGCUUAGUUGUUUAGGUGAUGUUACGUAAGAUGAUAUGCAAGACAGUUCUUUGGCAACAAUAUUGAAAUUGAAAAAGUUUGAAACAAUUUAAUUUGUAACAAUGUUUCAGCACUGUGUUGUGCUGAAAAUCAUCUUUGCAAAUCAUCCUAUGUAAUAUCCCCCUUAUGAGAUACUAAUUUUAACAAGGAUGUAACAGCUGUCUGUAGUUAAUGUCUUGCAAAGUAAGAACUUAAUUAUUUCAGCCUAUGUCAUACCAGCCUCCUACUGCUUUGUUUUUUUAUUUGAACUGUAGCUAACAACAUAACUUUGUUGUUUCCUGCAGGUUGGCUCUGCUGAAUACAUGGCGCCUGAAGUUGUGGAUGCUUUUAAGACGCAGGCUACAACGUAUGACAAAAGAUGUGAUUUGUGGAGUCUGGGAGUUAUCCUGUUAGUAAUAUAAUUUUGAUUAAUAUUAUUAUUGGUUACAAUCAUUUCCUUUAAAGCCUCUUUGCAAAUGUUCAUAUUAUUAUUAUCUGAGUACAAAGGCUGUGUGAUUAUUUCCUUUACGUGGAACAUACAGAACUACAGAAUGGUGAUUCCCUUUGUUUGUCUUAUCCAGUGGCUUAUACCCAGCAGGGUGUUUUUGAACCGUGUGUCUGAGCAGUUGCAAGUGGCACAGAUCAGUACUGUGGUUUCUUUUACUUAGCAUGCCAUUUGUCAGAACAUGUUGGUCAGACGGACUCAGGUGUCAGGAGAAUUCCACCGUUAAUAGUAUACUUGGCACUGAUGGGUUUUAGUAAAAAAUUUGAGUGAAGACUUUAUACGUUUCAUUUUCAAAAUGAUCAGUCUAACCUGUCAGUUCUUUGGGUUUUCUUUUGUCUAGGUAUAUCAUGUUGUCUGGUCACCCACCAUUUUAUGGCAAGUGUGGCACAGAUUGUGGAUGGGAAAAGGGAGAAAACUGUAAAUCAUGUCAGGUGAGUGGAGGAAUAUUACUUUGUCAGAAUAAUAUACUGUUAGAGCUAUUUUAAAAAAAUGGUCCACUUUAAAGAUAUGGUCGCAUGUUGUUGCCUUAUAUCAGAUCUAUGAAACUAGCUACAUUCUCAGUCAAAAUUGUUAGGACGCUUUACUGUCAUCUUACCCUCCCAAUGUUCGUGUACAAGAUUUGGUGAGUUAACUGCGAUAAACAACAUUGGGAAGACGAGGAGGCAGGCCAGAAGUCUCCACUCAAGAGUUCAGGCCUCACUCUCCACUCAAGAGUUCAGUCACAUGUAAGACAGUUGUUAUUGUAUCUUAUAGGAAGAAGAUAAUUCAUUUCAUUCUUUUACUUACAAACGGUUAUUUGCUUAAAUCGUUUGCACAUCUCAUCAUGGCCUCCAGGGGCGUAGCCAGCUUUUCAACUAGUUGUAGGCCUGGCUGACUUUCAUUUGCACAUAUCCUGAAAAUUGCACGCAUGACUAGUACGCACUGACCUCACCAACACUUUGAGCUCUUAAGCUUUUUAGCCUUUUAACCCUAACAAUACAUAAUUUAUUACAAGCAGUAAAUCAAAAAUUUGUGGGUCUACGGGCUGGCUACGCCCCUGGCUUCUAUUUCAUAUGUCUUAUUUUAUAUACAAAUUUAGGAGAUGUUAAUGAAAAGAAUACAAGAGGGGGUGUAUGAUUUCCCAUCAAAGGUAAAUUAGAUAAAUCGAGGAAAAAAUAAUUAACAAUGAUUGUAAGUUAUCAGUCCCUUAAUUUAAAAAAAAAGAAUUGCUAGGUUUUCAUAUUUCUCCCCCUGAUCUUCUUUGAAUUAUACCGAAACAGUAGGUGGAUGAUCAUUAUGAAUACAAAGAUCCUUUCCGCUCACUUCAGUGCAAGGGUAGUUUGUUCCGAAAUUUUUAAGUGAAGUGUCCUGGACCCAAUUCUAUUGGGUCCCAAUCACGCUUUAAACUUAAGUCUAUACUUUCAUAUUUUGCGUUUAAGUCAAAUUAUUUUUUUGUCUACAAUUUGAUGAUUGGAUGCUCUAAAAAGAAUAGGGAAAAUGCUUUUGAACAAAGGAAAAAUAAACUGGAUUAAGAUUUAACCCUGGGGUAGCGCUAAUUGGCCUUCGAACAAGUGGGCCUUGUUGAAGAAAGGCGAAUAAUUGGGCCCAAAAAAAACUGGCUAGCGAAGCGAACCCAGCGGGAAGGGGGAAUAGGUGGCGGAAGCUCUGCCGCCCCUGUUUCCCCUUAACCCCAAGUUCCAUUGUUCCGUUCCCCUAGCUCGCGCCGUUAUCAGCUUUUUUUCGCCAUCAGGGAGCCUUGUCCCAGGCUAAGCGCCACCGCCUAAUGAUGCUAUCAUCUGAAUCGUGAAACGAGGUCUUACAUCACAGCCAGCAUGUUUAUGAGUGUUUCAAAGCCCUGCUUGUUGCGGCCGGAAGACCGGGGCUCAUCCAAGAGGAACUGACAGGGUGGUAGCGUGAGAAAACAGCCGACAUUUUGAGACAUCACCGCUUCUUUCGUCGAGAAACGACGCAUGAGAAACGAGCGCCGAAAGUCCAUACUUAUGAUGCGUCACUACCCGGAUCUAGGAAGUGCUUCUGAUUUGCUGAAGCAAAUUUCCCAUGUGGCACGACCAAUCAGAAGCACUGCCCAGAUCUGGGUACUGACGCAUCAGCAGAAUGGAAUUUCUGCGCUCGUUUCUCUGACCAGUGAUGGCGCCUCGGAAUGUCGGCUGUUUUCUUAGGCUAACAGAGUGGCAGUUAAAUUAACUGUGCUAAGCUGGUACUGUUAGAAAUUAGAAUUACCUGCGCAUACUCAUUUGUUUAUUAAGUUGCUGCGGUUAUCGCUUUGUCAUUUCCACUUUCAGGAAUGGGAUGUCAUUUCACUGGAAGCCAAGAGUCUUAUUUCUCACUUACUAGUUCGAGAUGCAACAAAACGUUACACAACUGAAAUGAUUUUACAACACCCUUGGAUUCAAGAGGUGACUAUCCGAUCUCUCCUUCCUUCCUUUUUGACACUGUAGCCAUUGUUUUAGAGUGUGGAAGCAAUAGCUACAAUUGUAAAUUACACUUGUAAAAGUUUUAUUUAAUUCAUGCCAACUCCCUAGCUUUGCUAGCUCAAUUGCUCAGAGCGCUGCACUGAUAUUUCAGAGCUCCUCGCAAUCCUGCUCCUCACUCCUACAUAAGUUGCGUAUUUAACAGUGAUGAUCCUUUCUGCAUUUAUUUCCUCAUCCCUCAGUUCAAAUAUAUGAAAUUCAUAAUUAUAAUCAUCACUUGUUUUUCACUGUUGUAUUUUCACAGGCGAGCAACACACCUCUUCCCACCCCUACCCUACUAACCAGGUAUGCAGGUCCUUCCUUUUACGUCCUUUCAGCUCUCUGCUUGUUAUCCCGUUUAAAAGGAUAAACGUAGUGGUGACGAACUAACCGCAAAAUUGUGUGAGAGCUUGGUUUCAUCCUUAGACUCAAGAGUAGCUUGCGUAGAAGUUGUUUCCGCUUCCUGUUAGACGCGCGUAUCCUGGGAAGCGCAGACGAAUUUCCGGUCGUCGCUCCACUCCCUCCGAAAAACAAUUAUUUUUCGGAGGGAGAGAAGCGACGACCGGAAAUAGGUCUGCGUUUCGCCGGCUAAGAUGCGCGGGGUUAACUCAAAAGUUUGAACCACGUUCUCCGCUUAAUUAGGAUCAGGGGUAACAAAAGACAACUUCGAGGAAGAGAUUUCACUAUCUCCCCCAUAUUCAAUAAAAACCCAAACAACAACAACAAAAAAAGACAAAGCUUCAUUUUGCUUUUGUUUCCCAGAAAAGUUAACACGGUUAUUUAUAUUGAAGGAGGUUAAGCCCUCUCCCGAUCGCAAAAUGAUAAAACUUUUAACAUGCAAACUUCCGCCACUACCACUUCUCGCUAAAAUCCGUAGUAGAAUGACGACAGCUAUCACGUUUUCCUGCCAAACUUGAAGCUGGUUUACGUGCACACUACUUCGUAUCGAGAAUAGGGCCAUUUAAUAAAUAAAUAAUUAUUAAAUUAAAAAUUAAUUAAUUAAUUAUUUAUACUAGAAAAAAUAAGACGCGAACUUUCCGUAUAAACAGCACAUAUCGUCUAAAAUAAGACGCGACUUAGCUAAGACGCGUUUUAUUUUAGAACAGCUCUUAAAACCUUUUCUUAGAUAAGACGCGUCUUGUCGUGUAUUAAAAUGACCUUCACGUCUUACAUAAGACGCGAAUGCAUAGUACGCGUGCAUUAAUUUUUCGCGGGAAAAUUUUCGCUUGUCUGAAGGCGGACUGGCAGGUUAUUGGCAGUGUUUCUGGUUUUUUUUGUGUGUUUUUUUCUUGGCGUGGUCAUUGAUAUGUUGUGUGGUCACUGAACUGAUUGUCUUUUCUGAACUAUACACAUAAAACACACACACAAACAAAUAAACAAACAAAAAUAGAGCAUUGUUUUUUUAUUAUUCUGCGGCAAAUGAGGGUUUUUGUCAUAAGAGAAGACUCCUCCAUUUUCAUUAAGAAGGUCUUCAAAAUAUUGCCUCUGCGGCAAAUCGCAACAUGACGCCGUAACUUUGAAACGCGCGCCAUGUUGGAUUGCCGCUGUUACGGGCAACAUUCACGAGUCAAAAACAGAAAUAAGACGCGAAUCAUUUAUACGAGCUGUUUUCGUCUUGGAUAAGACAUGCUCGUAUAAAUGGUAUAGUUUGCGUCUUAUGUAAGACGCGUCUUAUUUUUCCUCGUAUAAAUGGCCUUAUAUAUAUAUUUCGUUCUCGCAGUCGUCUUCGUCUUAGAAUCUAAAGGUCUCUUUUGUCUUUGCAAAAUCCGCCUAAUCUAGAAACUGGGGGCUUUGACUGAAUAUUUGGCGCCCCAGACACUAAGAGUUUAUCAAAGGCUGCGGGCGAAAUUAGGGCAAAGUGUUCUUACACGUAGAAAGUUGAAAUAUGUUCUUGGUUUUUGUAGGAAUAUGAAUACACUUGAACUGCAAGAGUUUGCCGCCGAGGCUGUGGCCAUGAAUCGUCUGUAUUCCGAAGCAACAGCCAUUAACGAUGAUAACAAUGACGAGUUUCAGAAAAACAUCAAGCCACGAAUGUUUGGACUGUCUCCUCCUUCCAACUCUGGUUUAGCGAGACGGAGAGCUGCGUCAUCAAAAUCGCAAUUUUCAAAUUCAGUCACCAAAGACAGAGAAGAUGAAAUUUAGGGAGAAACUGUAUUGUACACAUUGUUUUAUGCUUUCCGAUAUCGACAAAUAUCGUUAAGAGUAGGUACUGUCCAGUCUCGACUCUUCGACCCCCUAAGGGCCUGUUAACAUGGAGGUGGCGGACCCCAGGUAGGUGAGGUAACCUACCUGGGAUCCCCCACCUCCAUGUAAACAUGCCGGCCCCCCAAAAUGCACCUAGUGUUGGUGCCUGCUGUUCUUCAGUCAUUUUCUUCGACUCUAUUUUUAAGGCGGAAUUUUCUAAUGCAGACACCCAGAGUUGGUUCGUCUUGUUCUUUAGUAGUUUUCCACGACUUUCCAUCAAGGUAGACUCCUCACAAAAACCGACACCUAGGUCCGGGGGGGCGGGGGUCCCUUAUAUAAGCCAUAUAGGUAUGUGCCGUCCUAAAGGGUAUAGUUUUUGGACCUUUUUGGUCUGAGAACGGGUAUACACUUUGCCCCAUUUUGGUCUGGAAUCGGAUAUGGUUUUCGAGAGAACUACAUGAGCGUAUGAACGUAUUUAUCGUUUCAUAUUCCAAAUGAAUAAGCACGAAAUGGAAAUAUGCGAAUGCGAAAUGCAUUUGAAGAAUUAUUUUGUUUGGGCUCUAGUUUAAAUAAUGAUGACAUAAUUUCUGCCUUAGANAACAUCAAGCCACGAAUGUUUGGACUGUCUCCUCCUUCCAACUCUGGUUUAGCGAGACGGAGAGCUGCGUCAUCAAAAUCGCAAUUUUCAAAUUCAGUCACCAAAGACAGAGAAGAUGAAAUUUAGGGAGAAACUGUAUUGUACACAUUGUUUUAUGCUUUCCGAUAUCGACAAAUAUCGUUAAGAGUAGGUACUGUCCAGUCUCGACUCUUCGACCCCCUAAGGGCCUGUUAACAUGGAGGUGGCGGACCCCAGGUAGGUGAGGUAACCUACCUGGGAUCCCCCACCUCCAUGUAAACAUGCCGGCCCCCCAAAAUGCACCUAGUGUUGGUGCCUGCUGUUCUUCAGUCAUUUUCUUCGACUCUAUUUUUAAGGCGGAAUUUUCUAAUGCAGACACCCAGAGUUGGUUCGUCUUGUUCUUUAGUAGUUUUCCACGACUUUCCAUCAAGGUAGACUCCUCACAAAAACCGACACCUAGGUCCGGGGGGGCGGGGGUCCCUUAUAUAAGCCAUAUAGGUAUGUGCCGUCCUAAAGGGUAUAGUUUUUGGACCUUUUUGGUCUGAGAACGGGUAUACACUUUGCCCCAUUUUGGUCUGGAAUCGGAUAUGGUUUUCGAGAGAACUACAUGAGCGUAUGAACGUAUUUAUCGUUUCAUAUUCCAAAUGAAUAAGCACGAAAUGGAAAUAUGCGAAUGCGAAAUGCAUUUGAAGAAUUAUUUUGUUUGGGCUCUAGUUUAAAUAAUGAUGACAUAAUUUCUGCCUUAGAGCUAGGUGUGAAAACGGGUAUGGAUUUUAGAGGUCUGGUCUGAAAACGGGUGUGGAAAAUGACAUUUUUUGGUCUGAAAUAGGGUCAGGAUUUGAAGAACCGGUCGGCACACCCCCACCAAGAAUUCCCAGGAAUAACCCCCCCCCCCGCCCCGGGACCUAGAUUUGGUUUCUGCCACUCCCCAGUCAAAUUCAUAAAUUUCAUAUUUGUAUAUUUUUGUAAAAAUCGCAUUUCUCAUUUAAUUAAGAAUAUGGUAGUAAAACACAACCCCAUCCUUGAUGGGGUCAAACAUCAGGAAACAUUCAAGUCCCCAUAACAAAAUACGUACCUUUCACUGGCCACUGUUCGGUUCAGUUAUUGCAGAAAAUAAAGACGUAAAUUCGUCAAUCGUUUUUACAAACCUCUUGAUAUGAAACUAGUGUUCAUUACUUUUGAAAUUAAGAACUGUAGUUCGAGAUGUGAAAGUUCCUUGUGUUCUGGGCGCGUGUGAUAUAGGAAUUUUUUGACGACUUUGCUCAACCCCAAUAGUGACCAAAGUUAAUAUGUCAAUAAAAUUCGAAACUUCUUUUUGUAAAAUUUUAGGAUGUAAAUAGUUAUAUGCAAAAGUUGUGGCAAAACGGUUUCAUUAGAAAGCUAACACUAUAGGAUUUCAUCUAAAGACCCAAAGGUUAUAACCACUUUCUAUAUAAGAUAAAUGGUAUCACAUGAAAGUGAAAGUACCGAUGAAGAGGUUUCUUUUGAAUGUUCACACCAUAGGAUUUCGUCUACAUAUGAAUGACAAAUUAGAGAGAUUUAGAGUGACGUUUACGGCAAACGGCAAACGUGAGAUUCAUGUUGAGAAAUUCUCAAAAGAAAUGAGCUGUUAAAAGCAGCUCAAAAUAAUUCUUAUGGAUACAACUAGCGUGAAUCUACUGAUUUCCAUGUAGUUAUCAUGAGUAGUAAACGGCAACGCGGCAAGUAAAGCAAAAUUCAUGGUCACGUGGUUCAAACUCGUGUUUGCUGUUUGUCGUAAACGCUAUUUUAAAGCUCUCUACUUCUCGCCAGAACUCAGACUACGGGAAAAAGUGUGAAAUCUAUAUAAAUUUAGCUGAAUACCAUGUACUGUCGUUGGUCUAGGUGCGGAUCAAUUAUUUUUAUUUCACUUUUUUCUAAGUGUGUUAACUUUUUAUUGUCUUGAAAGAAUAAUGCUAAAGCUGUAUGAAUUUUUGCAUUCUAAGCACUGAAAGAAAGUAAGGUAUUUUAUUGCAUAUCAGUUUGUACAUUUCUUUCUUUCAAAGUAGGAGAAAAUUGUAUAGAAAUGUGAUUUGUAUUUUAAGUGAGGAUUUUUUAACCUUUUUGUAGAUAUUCUCUGAGGAUCUUUGAAUUCGUUACUCUGUAAAAAUAUUGACGAUCCUCCCAAAAGCUGAAUACGAGUUG